CGGUGGGUCCGGGGCGGUGAGCGGGGGAGGGCGUGCCUUCCCCCGGCUCGGGGGCCGGAGCGGCCCGGCUGCCUGGCGGGCGAGGCCCGGGGCCGGCGGGGCCAUGGCGGCCAAGGCGGCCGAGGCGGCCGAGGCGGAGGCGGCGGGGGGCGGGGACGACUGGUGCGACAGCGGGCUGGGGUCGCUGGGCGGGGCGGCGGCGGCGGCGGCGGCGGCGGGGGACUGGGCCCCCGGAGUCCUGGGACACGUCACGGAGGACGGGGACACCGUCUUACACUUGGCGGUGAUCCACCAGCACGAGGCCUUCCUGGAAUUUCUGCUCCAGUACACGGCGGGGACGCAGUACCUGGACCUGCAGAACGACCUGGGCCAGACGGCGCUGCACAUCGCGGUCAUCCUGGGCGACGCCACCCUGGCGGCCAAGCUGCGGGCCGCGGGGGCGGGCCUGUGCGUGACGGAGCGGGCGGGGAACACCGCCCUGCACCUCGCCUGCCGGGAGGGCUGGCACGCCUGCGCCCGGGCUCUGCUGGACCCCCCGGGCAGCGCCCACCGGGACAAGGAAGAGGAGGAAGAAGAACAGCGGCUGCAGCGGGACUCCGCCAACUACCAGGGCCACACCCCGCUCCACGUGGCCGUCAUCCGCAAGGACCUGGAGAUGGUGCGGUUGCUGAGGGACGCCGGGGUCGAUCUCAACAAGCAGGAACCGACCUGCGGGCGGAGCCCCCUGCACCUGGCGGUGGAGGCCCAGAGCCCGGCGGUGCUGGAGUGCCUGCUGCGGGGAGGCGCGGACCCCGGCGCCCGCAUGUUCGUGGGCUACACGCCCCUGUACAGCGCCUCGCGCCGACCCUCCGCCCGCCUGCUCCAGCUGCUGCGCGACUUCGGGGCCCCCGAGCCCGACGGCGACACGGACAGCGAGUCGGACGGGAGCCCCGCCGGGGCCGGCCCGGGCGGCAGCGACGGCGAGGACGACGAAUACGACGACAUCGUGAUCCACGGCCAGACCCGAAACUGACCCCCCCCCCCCCCGCCCCCCGCUCCCGCGAGAUGUCUGUAGUUUUCUAAUAUUUUAUUUCAUUAAAGCCCUCUGUCCCACCCUGGGA